AUGACAUGGUCAUCUGGAACCAAUAGCAGCCCAGAAUCCCCAAGCGUGGAGCUACGCUAUCUGAGAAGUCUGCUGUGUGUUGAAGCCACAUUCAAUAUGGACCCGAAGGCUUUAGGGAAACUGGUGGAAUCCAUCAGUAAAACCGUCAAGAGCUUCAAGAAAAGUGAAGUUGAGAGCCUCGUAAUACUUUUUCACGGCUUGGUGGGAAAACCUGAUGAGAGGCUUGAUAUCGCUAGACUAGAUCGGAGCACAUUUCGAAUGGUCCUGCACGGCUUGUUUGGAAUGACUGAUGAUAAGCUAAUGAAUAGGGUAUUUUUUGCAUUUGACAAAGACAGUGAUAACUGCAUAAGUGUAAAUGAGUGGGUUAAAGGAUUAUCGGUAUUUCUUCGAGGGACUUUGGAAGAAAAGCUGAAGUUCUGUUUUGAAGUUUACUAUUUGAAUGGUGAUGAUGGUUACAUUUCUCGAGAGGAAAUAUUUGACAUGUUGAAGAACAGUCUACACCAGGAGUUAUCUGAGGAAGAGACUGAUGAAGGAAUAAGAGAAUUGGUAGAGAUAACACUGAAGAAAAUGGAUUAUGACAACGAUGGCAAGAUAUCUUUCGCCGACUUUGAAAAAGCAGUGAAAGAAGAUAGACUUUUGUUGGAGGUGUUUGGACAGUGUUUACCAGAAGAAAAGGUACAGUGCCAUCAGCCCCAAAAGGAUGAGGGAACAUUUUAA